GCCAUAUUUGGUUGGAUAACAUUUGCUAAUUACUUACAAACUUACUUAACAAUGUUGGAGGGUAGAAUAACUUUUCUGCCAACAAACUGCUAUGCAGUUUGGCAGAUAAGUGAUCAUAGCCGAUGUAACUUCUCUUUUAUAAAUAAAAAAAAAAAAAAAAAAAAGUCAAUUAUUGCUACCAUCAUACCCAAAACAUUUUCCUUAACAUAAGUUGAAUCAUAAUUGUACAUUCUCAUUUAUUUUUACGUGUGAGUAAUGUAUGACAUUAUCCUGUUCUGAUAAUAUAUGUGCGUUAUUUGUACCAUUUCUGGCUGGAGUAUUUGCUGUAGUGGUCGCACGAACAACAUCAAAAUGGGGUGCGGUGAAUCUACGGUCAAAUAUUUAUUGUUUGUUUUCAACUUGGUGUUUGCGUUGGCUGGCGCGGCGCUCCUAGGAAUCGGGGUGGCUGGAUACCUAAAUGUCGAAGCGGUAGCGUGGAUUACUGGAGGUGGUGGAGUUAAUGUGCCCAUCUUCUAUAUCGUGCUGGGGUCGCUGGUGUUCGUGGUCGCCUUCUUCGGGUGCUGCGGGGCCGUGACUGAGAGUCAGUGCAUGCUGUUUACUUUCUCUAUUUUCAUGGGUUUGCUAAUGGUCCUGAAAGUAAUCCUGAUGGCCCUGGUGUUCGUGAAAAAGGAGUGGCUGGACGAUGUUAUCGCGAAGACUAAUGAGGCCUUGGAAGCUAAAGGUGCCUUAAAGGACCCGGUGGACCCUCAAACCAUCAGGAUCUGUUUUGCUGGCGUUUGCUCUGCUAUUAUCGCCGUGGAGGUGAGAUUAUUUAAUCCCAGCAGGCAUAUAAUUCGAUUUCUCUGGGGGAAUAGGCAGGUUCCUGUGUUUGUGCACAUACUCCAUUUAGAGAAGGUCAGUAGACCAGAAGGAAUGAAGCCCUUACUCUCUGUCUGAGCGACGUACAUACGUAUACAAUUACAAAAAAUCUUGUGCUUUGACAGUUUUCCCUGUAAUCAAUUAUACUUAGUCAGGUCCAAGGGCGUAGCCAGCCAGUAAAUGGGGGGCAAGCAUUGUACAUUUGAGCUCU